CUGUCGUCAAUGUUUCCGGCCGAGUGAAAUAAGCCCGGGCUCUCUUUCCUGCACGUUACACGCGCGUACGCAGACUCAGCCGAACAACAACUGAUUAAAGCAGCUGUCCCGAAACUACUAAACUACCAUGGAGACGAUUUUAGAGCAGCAGCGUCGAUACCACGAGGAGAAAGAGAGACUUAUGGACGCCAAAACGAAGGAGAUGCUAACGAAAAAAACCACGCUGAGAGACCAGAUCAACUCUGAUCAUCGAGUGAGAGCUAUGCUGGAUAGGUACAUGGAAGUGAGCGCAAACCUCAGAGACUUGUACGAAGACAAAGACGGAAUGAGGAAGGAUGAGCUGAAUGCAAUAUCAGGACCCAACGAGUUCGCUGAGUUCUACAACCGACUCAAAGUGAUCAAGGAGUUCCACAGAAAACACCCUAACGAGAUCUGUGUGCCCAUGUCAGUGGAGUUUGAAGAGCUCAUGAAAGCCAAAGACAACCCCAGUGAGGAGGCACAAAAUCUGGUGGAGUUCACUGAUGAAGAGGGUUACGGACGCUACCUGGAUCUCCAUGACUGCUAUUUGAAGUACAUUAAUCUUAAAGGAGUGGAGAAACUGGAGUAUGUCACUUAUCUGUCAACAUUCGAUCAGCUCUUUGACAUCUCUAAAGACAGGAAGAAUGCAGAAUAUAAGAAGUAUCUGGAGAUGUUGCUGGAGUACCUGCAGGAAUACACGGAUCGGAAAGAGACGAGUAGUGCUCUGACUCACGCCGGAGCCCAUCUGGAUCUGUCUGCCUUCUCUUCCUGGGAGGAGCUGGCAUCUCUGGGUCUGGACAGAUUGAAGUCCGCUCUCAUGGCUUUAGGUCUCAAAUGUGGAGGCACACUAGAAGAGAGAGCCCAGCGUCUGUUCAGCACUAAAGGCAAAUCCUUGGAGGCACUGGACCCCUCACUGUUUGCCAAAAACCCAAAAGCCAAGGGACCGAAGAAAGACUCGGAGCGCAACAAGGAAUCUGCUUUUCUUGAAGCUCAGAUUUAUGAAUAUGUGGAGAUCCUGGGGGAGCAAAGGCAGCUGACGCAUGAGAACGUCCAGAGGAAGCAGGCGCGCACAGGAGAGGAGCGUGACGAGGAAGAUGAAGAGCAGCCCAGCGAGAGCGAGAGUGAAGACGAAGAUAAUGAGAUCAUAUACAACCCUAAAAACCUGCCGCUUGGCUGGGACGGAAAGCCGAUUCCAUACUGGCUGUACAAGCUGCACGGCCUGAACAUCAAUUACAACUGUGAGAUCUGUGGCAAUUACACAUACAGAGGACCCAAAGCCUUCCAGAGACACUUUGCAGAGUGGCGUCACGCUCAUGGCAUGCGCUGUCUGGGCAUUCCUAACACAGCCCACUUUGCCAACGUUACUCAGAUUGAGGAUGCAGUAUCCCUCUGGUCAAAGCUGAAGUCACAGAAAGCAUUAGAGCGCUGGCAGCCAGACACAGAGGAGGAAUAUGAAGACUCCAGCGGAAACGUGGUCAACAAGAAGACUUAUGAGGAUCUGAAACGCCAGGGGCUUCUGUAGCAUGACAAACAAGAUCUCUGAACACAAAAUACUCGCAGUGUAAAUACUGAGGCAGAAAUGUGAUAGUUUAGUCUUCUUGUCUUUUCCAGUUUGUGAGAAAUGUGAUUGGUCUUUUUGAAAGCGAUCAGUUUGUACAUUUUUAUUACUAUUUGAUUAUUCCCAAUUUUUCUCAUUUGGUGUCUUAAAUAUGAGACUUUCAUUAAUCAAUAAAUUGUAGUACAUUUUGUGAAAAAUUAU